GUAUCUUAUGUGUGUGUGAACACAGAGUUAGGUGAAAAGCAAAGGCUACUCUUUCUUUAUCUCUCACGGAUAAUAUUACUAUAUUGCAACCCAACUUCCACUGUUGCCCUCUACCUAAUUCAACACCUAAAGCCACAGCCAACAAUAAAACCUAUCAACAAAUUAUUUUCCUAAACCGGAGAAAAAGCAGAAAUCAGAGGGAGAAAGUGAAAGAAAGUUAGAGAAAUUUAGAAGGAAACUGACGGAAAAAUUCUACUUAUUUGUUGGCAAUUUACGGAGAUUCUUCUGUCGUAGCUGGUGGUGCUUCUGCUUGUUUGUUCUUUUUUUCUCUUGUGUGUCUAUCACAGAAUCAAAAACCCAAGUGUCAAUGUGGAACUCAGUUACGAUAAGCUGACUCAGUGGAGAAAUCAGGCGAUUCAAUUUGCAAUAUUUAAGCAUUUUGAGAUAAUGGAGUAUUGUUGUAGUUGAGUAAAGGUUUUCAAUGUCGGCUUCUUUAGCGGCUUUCGAGCGGCCGAGAGCUGGAGCUUCCAAUACGGUUUUCAAGAGUGGACCGCUAUUCAUAUCUUCAAAAGGAUUAGGCUGGAAAUCAUGGAAGAAACGGUGGUUUAUCCUGACACGCACUUCCUUGGUGUUCUUUAAAAAUGAUCCUAGUGCUUUGCCGCAAAGAGAUGGUGAAGUAAAUUUAACUUUGGGAGGAAUUGACUUGAAUAAUUCGGGGAGUGUCGUUGUCAGGGAGGAUAAAAAGUUAUUAACUGUCUUAUUUCCUGAUGGACGUGAUGGGCGAGCAUUCACACUCAAGGCUGAAACUUCUGAGGAUUUAUAUGAGUGGAAAACAGCCCUGGAACAUGCACUUUCACAAGCACCAAGCGCUGCCCUUGUUAUGGGACAUGAUGGAAUUUUUCGUGGUGAUACCAAUGAUCCUAUUGAAGGCUCUUUCCAUCAAUGGAGGGACAAACGUCCUGUAAAGUCAUUGGUUGUGGGAAGACCAAUUUUGCUUGCCCUUGAAGAUAUUGAUGGAGCUCCAUCGUUCCUUGAGAAAGCUCUUUGUUUCCUUGAGAAAUUUGGAACUAAAGCCGAAGGAAUUUUGCGACAAUCUGCUGAUGUUGAGGAGGUUGAACACAGAAUUCAAGAAUAUGAACAAGGCAAGACUGAAUUUGAAGCAGAUGAAGAUGCUCAUGUUGUAGGUGAUUGUGUAAAGCAUGUCUUAAGGGAGCUGCCUUCCUCUCCAGUUCCAGCAUCGUGCUGCAUUGCGUUGCUGGAGGCUUAUAAAAUUGAUCGAAAGGAAGCUCGGAUUAUUGCAAUGCGCUCUGCAAUAUUGGAGACAUUUCCUGAACCAAACCGACGUUUGUUACAGAGAAUUCUGAAGAUGAUGCAUACAAUCUCUUCUCAUGCUCAUGAGAAUCGAAUGACUGCAUCUGCUGUUGCUGCUUGCAUGGCACCCUUGCUGUUGCGUCCUCUGUUAGCUGGUGAAUGUGAGUUGGAGGAUGAUUUUGAUGUUAAUGGUGACAGUUCUGCUCAGCUUCUUGCGGCUGCAAAUGCUGCUAAUAAUGCUCAAGCCAUCAUUGCAACUCUUCUAGAGGAGUAUGACAAUAUUUUUGACGAUGAAAAUCUACACAGGUGCUCUAUAUCUGCUGAUUCUCGGAUGGAAAACAGUGGGAGUGACGAUUCAUCCGAUGAUGAAAAUAUGGAUGUGAAGGAAAACGGUUAUCAUGAUGCAGAAAAUGAAGUUGAUCAAGAAACUGAUGAUGGUGGUGAACGUGUACUCAGUGGAAAAUUAAGUGAGAGCAGUGGUUAUGCUGGCAGUGAUCUUUACGACUAUAAGGCUUUUGGUGGUGACAACUCAGAUGGAUCACCAAGAAAUCCUCAUGCACCAGCUGAGAGUUCAAAUUUACCGGUUGAUUCAGUCCAAACUAGAGACCCUAAUGUACAACUCAUGGAACAACCAAGUAAACUGAAUAAAGGAAAUGAUGAUUCACUUAAUGAGAUGGAUGCUUCAAAUGCGUCACCUAUUGGUGAAUCUUACCAAUCAAUGGGGGGAAUUCUAUCUUCAACUGACCCCAUUCCUUCUCUACACUUAUCUGGGCUUGAUUCAUCUGCUGAGAAGCCAAAUGGUAAAGUUGCAUCCUCUAAUCUCAAUGGAAAGCGAUCAACAUUCUGGGGAAGAAGUAAUGCCAGAAAGACACCAUCAGUUGAAUCAGUUGAUUCUUCAGGAGAAGAAGAGCUUGCCCUUCAGAGGCUUGAGAUCACAAAAAAUGACUUGAAACAGAGGAUUGCAAAGGAGGCCCGAGGGAAUGCAAUUUUACAAGCUAGCUUAGAGAGAAGGAAGCAAGCUUUGCAUGAGCGACGGUUGGCGCUUGAACAAGAUGUCUCAAGGUUGCAAGAGCAGCUGCAAGCUGAAAGAGAUCUUAGAGCUGCACUUGAAGUUGGCUUGAGCAUGUCUUCUGGACAGUUCUCCAGUUCUCGGGGCAUGGAUUCCAAAACAAGGGCUGAGCUUGAGGAGAUUGCUCUUGCUGAAGCAGAUGUGGCCAGAUUGAAACAGAAAGUUGCAGAACUCCACCAUCAACUAAAUCAGCAAAGGCAGCAUCACUAUGGUUCCCUCUCUGAUGCAUGUGACCGUUAUCAACAUGUCCAAAAUCCUGGCACUCAACAGAGAUUUCUUCAGCAAGAUUUUGAUGCAACCCUUGCUUUUGUGAAUCAUGAAAGGAAACAUAGAACUGAGGAGAGUUUAUUGGGGGCAGAUUGGAGGAAUAUUAAAGGAACAGGAUUAGCAACUGGCAGCAGUAACAGGCAGCCUCCUCGAAAACAAUUUCUGGAAUCAACCAGCUUCAGUGAUUCUAAAAGCACCGAGGCAUCCACUAACAUGUCCAUGGAUGAGAUGUGUGGUAUUGAUUCUGCUCCCUCCACUUCGAGGGCUGUAGAGAUGAUGGAUUAUCCAAGACAUCCAUCGGCGGCGUCUUCAGCUUUGGUGGAAUUAACAACGCGGCUUGAUUUCUUUAAGGAGAGGCGUUCUCAGCUGAUGGAACAGCUCCACAACCUUGACUUGAACUAUGGCACCACAUCCUCACAGGAUUUUAUUUAUAGACCAUCAUCCCCACCCUGGAACUGACAAAAGACAAUUUGAUGUUCACCUGCGAGUCAAUGUGGUUGUUGUACAUUCUUUCAGAAUUGCAUAUAUUUGUAUGUUGUGAACUGUCUCUUAAAUUUCAAUAUCCUCUCUUCUUUUUUCACCUCUCUCUACAUCUAUCUAGUUAGAAUUUGAUUGGAUUCUAAUCUUCUUUUCCCCUCUCAGCAUUGCCAUGCCUUUUGUUGUUGUAAAAAAGUGUCCCUUCUUGUGUCAAUAGUUAGCUGAUCUGUUCUGAACAUACAAAUUGCAGCAGACUUUUUCCUUAUAAGAAACAUGCCUUGUAUUUUUUUUUUUUAUUAC